AUAUAUGUGUGUGUGUGUGUGUAUAUGUGUGUGUGUGUAUAUAUAUGUGUGUGUAGGGAUCAAGGGCCCCAGUGACUUUCCGGUCAGGCUGGGAUUAUUAUUAUGUUAUGGAACGUAUCUGUAGCGCUGUGCAGGUUCUGCCUGACUCAGCUCCAAAAUAUUAGAAAGCAACGCAAACAAAACACUGACUUGGCAAAAGUCUUUCAAAUGAGCAAAAACCAGCGUAUAAAAACAGACUGCCUGCCAACUGCCUUGGUUGCUGAGCAACUGUACUGUCAAAUGUGAUGCAAUCAUGGUUGCCUCCAAAAUCUCACAUCCAGGUACAAAAUAAACUUAAUCAUUGUUUUGAAUGCUUAUUACCCAAAGUGCAACGCUCCACUAUUAUGGCAUCCUGGAAGUUGACCAACAUGGAAGAUUUUGGUGUAGAUGUCAAAACUUUUGGGACGCGCUUGAGUAUCUCAAAAUUUUGUUGUGCUCAUUUCACCCUUUCCAAAUGGAUCAUGAAUCUUGCACUCUUCCCCCACACCCAGACUUCAGCUGGACUGUACCAUGUUGUGAUCCUUCAAGAACAGACAAAUCUUACAGCGAGGGCCUGGUAGAAGCAGCCCAUGGACAGUGAAGCCUCAUGUCUCCAGGGGCCAGCAGAGACAGCAUUGCUGUGCUCCACAAUGGCCACAUCGUUUGUGUUGCCGGGGUAGAGGGUGCUUCUGUACACUGUGCUGGUCGUGACCAUCACGGUGCACCUGUUCUUGGAUGUGUUGCACAUUUGAGCCCAAUCUACUACUAUAAGCAACAGGAUUGUUAUGGUGUCUCAUGGGAACCUGUACUCGAGGUUCUUGAAAUGGAGCAAUAUCUCCACCCUGUGAACAUUUACCAUCAUUGCAAAUAUGAUUUUGCCAAAAGCUCCAGUUAUUCAUAUCUUGUGUGACCUCUGUGGCGUUGGUCAUGAUGUGGCAGCAAUUAAAGUCCUUGAAACAUGCAGGCACAGAUGAUUUACAUGCCUUCCAUCAUCCCCUUCAAGUAAACCUUGUGUGGGUGGUGAUGAUGAUGAUGUGUAUCGUGGCCUCACUGUUCCAGAAACAUUCUGCAAGAUUGAGGAUUAUCUUAAGUAAUGUAAUCACACCUUGAUAUGUUGCUGGGUGUCUGUACAUCCAUGUAAGUCAAGAUGAAGAGCUGGAGUGGCGUGUGGGCGAUGUCAAACAUGUGCACCUUGAAUGAUGUGCAUGUCAACAUCUGAAAACCAGCAGAUAUGUUAAAGUGUAAAAGUAUAAAAUCAGUGAGAAUGAAGGUUUGUGUUAUUCUUCAGAUGAUACAAAUGCAAGUAAAUAUCUACCUUGUUUUCAUUAAUAAUGAUUCAUUUAAAAUCUCAAUUCUGCACUUCAAACUCCUAAAACGGUUUUAAAAAAUGACGUGGAGCUCUUCAUUUAAUCACUUUCCAGAAAUGUAUUGUUCUGUUUCUGACUUUGAGUGUGAGUUUCGUCUCUCAAACUUUGGUGAUUAUAACUAACCACAAAAACAACAUAAUUCAGGUUGAGCGAGUAAACAGACGGAACAUCCGCCGCCACAGGCAAGGCUGAUCAAAUUCCCGCCACAGCAUUAAUGUGACGUACAUCCGUUUACAACGCCGGUCCAAUGAGCAUUGCGGAAGCUGUCACGAGGCCGCGUCGUGGACCAAUCAAAGGGCGCCGGCGGGAAACUCAUCUGCUCACGGAAGGGCGCGUGGACAUUUGGCGCAAGUUAUUCUUCAGGGAGGAUUAAAUUCAGACAGCGGACACUGGAACCGGAUUAAACUGCUUAAAACAUAUCUUAAAAAGGUAAAUUCAUCAUGAAAGUUGUAUUUAAAUGCGAUGUCUGAGCUGUUGAUUUGAUUUAAGCGUAAGAAUUCUCUGGUGUUAUAAAACAUUGAGACUGUCAAUUAGAGUUCUUACCGCGGGAUUGUUUUUAAAGAUAAAAGAUCUAAUGAAGCCUCGUUGUUUUAGCUGACUGACAGACUUCUAAAAUGUUUUAUACACGUUAAUCUAGUCUGACAAAGACGAUCAAGCACAGUCGUUUAAUCAGAUUAAUACAUUUAACGUUGCUGUUUUUUUCCCAACACCUGUGAGAAGGUACAGAAUUUUUUUUUUUUUUUACCUUAAAUUUAAAGAUACAUUAAAAAUGGUCAAUAUUUUACACAAAAAAAUUCUGCUGGAAAAAUUAAAACUAAUGCAAAUCAAUGUUCAGUGGUUUUCUUCAAUUUAAUUUUAUUUAACUUUUUACAGUAAAAGAUGUUGGUCAGAUGUUACAGUCUCUAAAAUGUAAAACCAAAAUGUAGUGCACUUUUUUUUUUAAUUAAUUUAUUUUUUGAGCAGAUUAAUUACUGAUAAUUGUUGACGAUUCCACAAAAGUGGUGACUGAAAACAAUACAACUUUAUCUCAUCAAUCAAGGUUAUUAAUCCACAAAGUGAUGAGUCUGAGUUUCAUAUCAUCAAAGGCCUUUUUGUCUCUUUCUUCUGUUUUGAUUUUAGUUUUGACUUUUGACUUUUUUUAGAAUUUUGGUGUAAAAUGGAAAAUAAUGUAUUUCUUUAAAAAGGUAGUUGUACCAUAAUGGAAUUAUAAUGAUUAUAAAAUGUAGUCAGGUUUUAUUUUACCAUUUAAAAAAAAAAAAAUCUCUAAUUGUUGAAGUGUUACAGAAUCCGAGCAGACAUUUCAAAUUUAAUACUUUUGUUUAAACUUGAGUUUGGAAUAGAGAUAGAAAAACAUUUUAAAAAAUCCUAACUUUGAAUGUGUUAGUGAAAUAUAUACGUGAUGUUGGUAAAAUUGCUGUGUCGUAACAAACAUCAAUAAUGUUGUUCAUCCCAUCAUUAAAAUUCCAGGAUUGUUGGUCAAAACCUUUCUUUUCUCAAUGAUAAACUUUGUUUUUUUUUUGUUUUUUUUUUCGACAGAAAAUGCCGAGCACACGCUCCAGAGGUCAGGCUCAACCCACGCUGCCGUUCCCUCGCCGAAAGUCCUGCAGGGUGGCUUCUCGCUCCAAGACGCCCCUGCUGGAAAAAACGGGGACAUCUGCAGUAACUUCGCCUGUCAAAUCUCACAGUCCUCUCUCGGCUACGACAAGGAUUCAGCCCCUGUCUCCACGCCGCCCCACUGACCGGGCCGCGCCCCUGUCUCCAUGCCGCCCCACUGCCUCAGACCGGGCCACGCCCCUGUCUCCACGCCGCCCCACUGACCGGGCCAUGCCCCUGUCUCCGCGCCGCCCCACUGCCUCAGACCGGGCCACGCCCCUGUCUCCGCGCCGCCCCACUGCCUCAGACCAGGCCACGCCCCUGUCUCCUCGCCGCCCCACUGACCGGGCCACGCCCCUGUCUCCACGCCGCCCCACUGCUGCUGACCAGGCCCCUCCCCUGUUUCCUCGGUGCCAGGAUGCUGGAGCGUCCUUGUUCAGCCUCCCUCUCAGAGUUCCACUCAGUCCUCAUAAGCGCACAAGUGAUGACAACGGUUGUAACCUGCUCGGGUCGCCGCCAAAGCAGAGCAGGUCGGCGCCGGCUGCACUUUGGAAAAAGGGCGCUGACGAGAACUCGCCUUCACCUCGACCGUCCAUGUCUCCACGCUCAAAGUCUGACAGGAAGGAGGCGUUUGCCGGGAGUCCCAUGGGUCAGACGUGGGAGAAGAGGCCGCCGAUCGCUCGGCUCUUCGCAGAAAAGUCGCGGUACCACAGCUUGAAGCGAGCGCUCCACACGGCCGCUCCCGAGCGGCUCCUGUCCAGGGAGGCGGAGCGAGCGUUCAUCCGGUCCUUCUUGGAGGAUGGGGUGCUGCGGGCGCUCGCGGGCAGCCUCUACAUGUCCGGCGCGCCGGGAACGGGAAAGACGGCAUGCCUGAACUGUGUGCUGCAGGAGAUGAAGGAUGAGCUGGCGGCUGUGCAGACAGUGCUGGUGAACUGUAUGAGUCUGCGGCGCUCCCACGCCAUCUUCCCCCUGCUGGCCGACAGGCUGCGAGCGCCCGGCGGUCAGAGCGGCCUGCGGCGGUUCCUGACCGGCCCGGGACCCACACUGUUGCUGGUUCUGGAUGAAAUGGACCAACUGGACAGUAAAGCACAAGACGUCCUCUACACCAUUUUCGAGUGGCCGUACCUGCCCAAGUCCCGCCUCCAUCUCAUUGGAAUCGCCAACGCUCUGGACCUGACCGACCGCAUCUUGCCCAGACUCCAGGCGCGGCCUAGCUGUCGUCCCCUGCUGUUGAACUUCCCUCCUUACAGCCGCCAGGAGCUCACUGCCAUCGUCCAGGACAGACUGUCUGAGGCAUCAGCUGAGGGGAUCCUGGAUUCAGCAGCGGUCCAGUUCUGCGCCCGGAAAGUGUCGGCUGUAUCCGGAGACGCCCGGAAAGCUUUAGAUAUCUGCAGGCGAGCCGUGGAGAUGGUGGAGUCGGAUGACAGACAGAAAGUGGCUGAUUCAGAAGUGGAGGUCAAAGCGUCACGGGUUGGCGUUCCGCAGGUCGCUCGAGUGCUGUCGGAGGUUUACGGCGACCGCAUGGCGUCGCCGAGCGGUGCCGGGGGAGAGAUUUUCCCGCUGCAGCAGAAGCUGCUGGUUUGCUGCCUGCUGCUGCUCGUGCAAAACGGCAAAAGCAAAGAGGUCGUCCUGGGCAAGCUCCAUGACGUUUACAGCCGUUUGUGUGCUCAGAGGCAGGUGGGCGGAGUCAGUCAGGGGGAGUGUCUGUCACUCUGCACCCUGCUGGAGAGUCGAGGAAUUUUCUCUCUGAAGAAAGCCAAAGAUGCGCGACUCACCAAGGUGUUUCUCAAGAUCGAAGAGCGCGACGUGGAAAACGCUCUGAAGGAUAGAACGCUGCUCGGAAACAUUCUGUCUGCAGGACUCCCGUGAUCGCAGUUUACAGCGCCCCCUGCUGAGGAUCUGUAACUUUGUUUUCUUUUUCUCCUCAUCGUUGUUUUGGUUAAAAUGUUGAACCUGCAUUAGUUCUGAUUUAACAGAAUCACUUUGGAUUUGAUUUUUUUUCCAACUGUAAAUAAACAUGUACAAGCACU